AAAUACAAAAGCAGCUGGGAAGCGGCUGCGAGGCGAGUUCCCAGCGCCGGGCGGAGCGCCGGGCAGAGCCCCGCUGCGCCCCGCGGCCGCGAUGGGGCUGGGGCGCCCGGAGCCCCGGAGCCAGCAAGCUGCCGGGCCCGCCCCGCCGCCGGGACCCGGGCGCCGAGGCUCGGCUUGAAGCUGCGGCGGCACCGGCGCGGCCGGGGGAGCCUGGGCAGGAGGAUGCGGGGCGCCGCCACCGCGGGGCUCUGGCUGCUGGCGCUGAGCUCGCUGCUGGUGCUGUGGGGCGCGCUCCUGCCGCCGCGGACCGAACUGCCCGCCUCCCGGCAGCCCGAAGACCGACCCCCGCGGAGCGCAGCCCGGAGCGGCGGCCCGGAGCCCGCGCCCCGCUUGCCUCUGCCCCCGCCCCUGGCGCGGGACGCCGGCGGCGGCUCCCUGAAAACUUUCCGGGCGCUGCUCACCUUGGCGGCGGGCGCAGCCGACGGCCCGCCCCGGCAGCCCCCGGGCGAGCGCAGACGGCACGUGCCAGCUGGGCAGCCCUGGCCGGAGGAGCGCGCCGCGGUGCACGGGGGCGUCUUCUGGAGCCGCGGCCUGGAGGAGCAGGUGCCCCGGGGCUUCUCGGAGGCCCAGGCGGCGGCGUGGCUGGAGGCGGUGCGCGGCGCCCGGGUGGUGGCCCUGGAGCGCGGGGGCUGCGGGCGCAGCUCCAACCGGCUCGCCCGCUUCGCCGACGGCACCCGCGCCUGCGUGCGCUAUGGCAUCAACCCGGAGCAGAUCCAGGGCGAGGCCCUGUCCUACUACCUGGCGCGCCUGCUGGGCCUCCAGCGCCACGUGCCGCCCCUGGCACUGGCCCGGGUGGAGGCUCGGGGCGCGCAGUGGGCGCAGGUGCAGGAGGAGCUCCGUGCUGCGCACUGGACCGAGGGUAGCGUGGUGAGCCUGACGCGCUGGCUGCCCAACCUCACCGACGUUGUGGUACCCGCGCCUUGGCGCUCCGAGGACGGCCAUCUGCGGCCCCUGCGCGCCGCGGGAGGCGAGCUGGCCAACCGCAGCCAGGCGGAGCUGGUGGACCUGGUGCAAUGGACCGACUUGAUCCUCUUCGACUACCUGACGGCCAACUUCGACCGGCUAGUCAGCAACCUCUUCAGCCUGCAGUGGGACCCGCGCGUCAUGCAGCGCGCCACCAGCAACCUGCACCGGGGCCCCGGCGGGGCGCUGGUCUUUCUGGAUAACGAGGCGGGCUUGGUGCACGGCUACCGGGUGGCGGGCAUGUGGGACAAGUACAACGAGCCGUUGCUGCAGUCGGUGUGCGUGUUCCGCGAGCGGACAGCGCGGCGAGUCCUGGAGCUGCACCGCGGCCAGGACGCAGCCGCCCGGCUGCUGCGCCUCUACCGGCACCACGAGCCUCGCUUCCCGGAGCUGGCGGCGCUCGCAGACCCCCACGCUCAGCUGCUGCAGCGCCGCCUCGACUUCCUUGCCAAGCACAUUUUGCACUGUAAAGCCAAGCACGGCCAUCGACCUGGGACCUAGCAUCGCCCGCAGGAGGAAAGAGAGGACCAGUGCCUGGGGACUGCAUGUUGGGAGAAGGGCCGAGGUCUCCACCGCCGCCUGGCACCAGCCGGCCAACGCCUAGCUAAGCGGCCCGAGCGCGAAGGCAACGCAAAACUUAUCCUCAACACCUGCCCUUUUCUCUCAGUCCUGUGGCAUUUUCUUUUCAAAGUUCUGGGAGGACAAACGCCCCGAGCGAGGCUUGAAGUGCAACAUUCCCUCCACCCAGCCUAUAAAAGGAUUCGGCCCUGUGCCAGCACGGAGUUUGCAUCCCAAGAAACUGGCUGCCCUGCCGGAGUUUGGCCCCCCGGGUGGCGUUUCUGGGAGAAGCAUCCCAUGCCUUGGCCGCCCUGUUCCCUUUCCGAAAAAGGAAAACUUCUAUUUGAGCCGUUGAGCUAAUUUUGCAGUUUCCUACCAAACGCAGCGCUGGUGGCCCCGGAGUGGUGCUGUGACAUUGGCUGGUGCAGCCCCCCUUCCUGUGAGCUCCCUUUGUUCCAGCUCGGUGAUGGUGAGAUCACUGUUAAGAGCUGGGGAAAGGCUGCGGGUAGGACAAAGCGAGCAGGACCUCCAGAACCGGGGGGUCCUGCAGACCCCGCUGUUUGACUUGUUCCUUAUUGCUUGUCAUUUUGGCCUAAAGGCUUCAAAAGCAAGCGAGACAGGCUGUUUGCGCUGAGUCAAAAAUGAAUUUCUUCUUCCUCCCCCUCUAACCGACCAAAAUUUUGACAGUGACGAUGUACUCCAGAAGG